AUGUCAGAUGGAAGUUGUAUUAGUUCUGAUUGUAGUGUGGUGACAGAUGAGGUGAAUGAACGAAUCUGCAAAGCUCGGGCCGCGUUUGCUAAUUUGAGGCACCUUUGGCGUCAGAAGGGUUUAUCCGUGAAUCUCAAGGAACGUGUGUAUCAAGCUAUAGUGCGGGCUGUUUUGUUGUACGGCUGUGAGACUUGGUCUAUUCGAGCAGCGGAACUGAGACGUCUUCAGGUGUUCGACAACCGUCGUCUCAGAACCAUAGCUCGUGUUACUUCCGUCUGGCUUACUGUGGCAUUCACGGGUGAUCGAUAUUUGAUGAUAUGUCAUCCGUUCUUUGCAAAACGAUGGUGCACCGUCCGCGUGACACGAAUCAGUAUCGUGAUAAUCUACCUGAUGAGCGUUGUGUACGGAAUUCCUCGGUAUUUCGAAUACAGAGGAUUCGAAGUCUACGUGCCCAAAUCCAACCCUAUUGAAGACGAAGGUCUGCUGGAGAGUCUCCCAUUGUCCGAACACUUUCAACGCAUAGUCUGGUAUGAUUUGACCGAAUUCGGAAGUUCCUCACAGUUUCGAACGUUCUAUCACUUGUGGUCGUGGAAUAUUCUAGUGGUUGCCUUACCUUUUGUUAGUAUUGCCGUAAUGAACAGUUUCCUAAUAUGCGAAGUUCGACGGUCCCGAACAAGGAAUGUGAAACAGAAUUUGCAGAAGGUCAGCCGACGUCAGGACACGAACAUCAUGUUGAUCGGAGUGAUUGUUGUGUUUUUUAUUUGUCAGACACCUGCUGCAAUCAGUCAUUUCAGCUGGGGUGUUAUACCUCUGGCAGACAUGACGAAACUACCGUGGUACUUGUUGAAUGAAAUCGGGAAUUUGCUGGUCGUGGUCAACUCGGCAAUCAAUCUGGUGCCCUACUAUCUGUUCAGUCGACGAUUCAGAAGACAAUUCACCCUUUUAUUUUGUCCAUAUCGAAUUAUACGAGACGAUGGAUUGCAUUGCGUGUACGUUCCACGAUGGAUUGCAGAUCACUGGGAGAAAGAUCUGUCUGACAACUGGAUUUCCACCGCGGAUGGUGCCGGGCCGACUGGCGCGGGGCCCGCUGGCGACGGCACUGGUGGUGGUGGUGGUCGAAGUGCUCCGGUCCCCCUCAAUGCACGUCUUAUAGCCUAUCAUCGACGUCAGAGUACCAUGCAUUCGAUUCGACCCAGUGUAUCGAGCGCUCCGUUUGGCAAGUCCUCCUUACGUCCAUCUGGUGGUCGAACCGACAGAACAUUCUCCAACGGCCAGCGCGUGAGCAGUGGCAUUGGCCUUCAAACGAGGCAUCAUUCAGGCUCUAGAGAAGGCAGUUUCGGCUUGGCUCUUACCCCCAGAGGUUCCAGAAACAAACAACUCAUGCAACAGCGAAGACAAACCCAACAACAACAAAUACGUCAGGCUGGGCUGCAAGAGUGCAACCAAUCAAAUGAUUUCACCACACGCCUUCAUCGAUCUUUGGACUCCAGAGAUGUUCAACCAGUAGUUUUUGUGCACAACAUUGUAUAG